UCUAUGUAUUAUGAACUGUCGACUUUCAAAAAACCCUCGAUUAGAAUAUAUAACAGCAAAUACAGGAAACCUCUACAGCCACCAUAUUGUCACCAUGGGGAAAUCUGUAGCGACUCUGCAACUUUUGAUGGGUUGCUGCAAGACCAGUUCUGAGGCAGAUGGUCGCACUGACACUACAGAUGAUAGACCUAAGUUACCUGCACCGCUAAAUCACCAGUCACCAGUUAUGGAUCCGAUUGAAUCCAGCUCAUCUUAUGAUAAGGAGAAUCGAAGUCAUCCACCUGCCUCUGAGACUGGUCUAAGAUAUGAGAUGAAGAAAUAUGGUUUUAAAGAACUAGCAGAGGUAACUGGUUAUUUCUCCGACGACAACCUCCUCGGCGAGGGUGGUUUUGGUCUAGUCUAUAAGGCAACUUUAGAUGGUGAAGACGUUGCUAUCAAGAAACUUAAAAGAGAGCUGGAAAAUAAGUUGGAGGAGAGUGAGUACCUUAGCAGUGUGAGUCACCCAAAUAUUGUUAAGAUGAUUGGGUACUGCAGUGAGGGAAAAAAUAGAUUGCUUGUUUUAGAGUUCAUUCCCAACAAUACCUUGGCAUAUCAUUUACAUGUUGAAAAAAACAAGACUUUGGACUGGUCAACAAGAAUGAAUAUUGCCUUACAAACUGCAAAUGGGUUGCUAUAUUUACAUGAAGGCUGUAAACCUUCAAUUAUACACCGAGAUAUGAAAGCCGAUAAUAUUCUUCUUGAUAAUAACUUUAAAGUAAAGGUGGCAGAUUUUUCACUGUCCAGUUUUUUGGAUACUCGUAACGUUCACCACAUUUCCAGUAUAUGUAGGGGAACCAACGUCUAUGCAGAUAAAGAAUUUGGUGAUGUUCAGAAAAUUACAGAUAAAUUAGAUGUUUAUUCUUACGGUGUUAUACUUUUAGAGUUGAUUACCGGAAGAAAACCUUUACAUGAAGGAAGCAACAUUACAAUUGUUCAAUGGGCUAAAAAUCGGAUUGGACAAGCAUUGAACAAUGAUGACUAUACCAGACUUGUUGAUUCCAGAUUGAAAGAGUAUAAGGAGAAUGAAAUGUUAAGAAUGAUUUAUUGCGCUGCUGCUUCAGUGUAUAAACCUUCAUUCUCACGACCAAAUAUGAACCAGAUAUUUAGAAUUCUUCAAGGAACUAUGCGUCCCGAGCAGAUAAUGAAACGGAAAGAUAUCAUAAGUCUACUUGAUGAUAUGCCUCAGGAUGCUCAAAUGUAUCAGAUGAAGAAAUAUAGUUUUAUAGAACUAGCAAGGGCAACUGAUUUCUUCUCCAAUGAUCAUCUCCUUGGCGAGGGUUUUGGUCAAGUCUUUAGGGGAAUCUUGGAUGGUGAAGUCGUUGCUAUCAAGAAAGUUAAGAUUCUUAAUCUGGAAAACUAUUUGGAGGAGAUUGAGCAGCUUAGCAUUUUGAGUCACCCAAAUAUUGUUAAGGUGAUUGGGUACUGCGUUGAGAAAUCCAAUAGAUUGCUUGUUUCAGAGUGUGUUCCCAACGGGAGCUUGGAACAUCAUUUACAUUAUGCAAGAGACACGAUUUUGGAUUGGUCAAAGAGAAUGAAAAUUGCCACGAACUCUGCAAAAGGGUUGCUACAUCUUCAUGAAGGCAGUAUACUCAAAAUUAUACAUGGAAACAUCAAAGCAGCAAAUAUCCUUCUUGAUAAAGACUUUGAACCAAAGGUGGCAGAUAUUAUGCUUGCAGCUAUGUUACCGAAUUUUGACAGCUUCCGUUCAUUAGUAGCUAACGUAUAUAGAGAUGCAGAAGAUCGUGAUCGAAGAAUAUCAGAUAAAUCAGAUGUUUAUUCUUUCGGUGUUAUACUUUUGGAAUUAAUUAGUGGAAGAAAACUUUUGGAUAAACAAGGCGAUAUUAUUGCUUGGGCUAAGAAUCGAAUAGGACAAGCUUUGAACAAUAAUGUCUAUGUUGAUCUUGUUGAUCCCAAAUUGCAAGAAUAUAAUGAAGAUGAAAUGAAAAGAAUGAUUUGUUGUGCUGCUGCAUCGAUAUAUAAAGCUGCACGCUUUCGACCAACAAUGAAACAGAUUGUUGAAGUCUUACAAGGGAGUAUACCAUGGACAAGUAUAUGGAACAAUGACAACAAUUACCUUUGAGGAUGGAGCACUGUAUCUUCAUUGGCCAAGGGAACUUAGAUUUAUAAAGAACUGUACCCAAUACAAUGUGCACAGAGAAAUUGGAAUAUUGGAGCUUCCAUUUCAUCAUCAUUGGAGAAACGAAAGUCGUGAAAUUUCUUUGCCACUUUCCUUCCAUUCUUGUUUUUGACAACAAAUCAGGAAAUUGAUCUCGCCCUUUUACAGCCUCCUUCGGGUCAAAUUGAUUGUUUAUGGUUUUUGAUUUAAUGGUAUGGUCUGUGAUAUAUGGAUUUGAGUUUGUGAUUAGAACACUCCUCUCUUUCCCUAUUGUUUUGUGAAUUUUGUUGUAAUGAAUUUUGAGUACAUUUCCUCGUGGCUUGAUCCAUGUGGCUUAAUUAUGGUUUGCUUUCUUC